AUGUCGUUGAGCGUUGAAAAAACUGUCGAAGACGAUUUUGUAAAACAUCUUGGAAGUUGUCAUUGUGGUUCAGUUCAAUUUCAGGUAUUUGCAAGUGAAAAUUUGACGGUAUUUCGCUGUAAUUGUAGUAUAUGUAUUAAAAAACAGAAUAACCAUUUUAUUAUACCAUCACGAUAUUUUUCAUUGUUAACUGGAGACGAUAUGUUGACUACGUAUACAUUCAAUACUCAUCAAGCAAAGCAUAUGUUUUGCAAAAAAUGUGGUGUGCAAUGUUUUUAUCGUCCGCGUAGUAAUCCUGAUUGUUAUGGUAUUAUGCCUCAUUGUAUUGAUUCGUCAACAAUUAAGAGUAUUAAAUAUAUUGAUUUUGAUGGUGUUCAUUGGGAACAAUCGAUAGAUGAUUGUGCAAAAAAGGAAAAGAAUCCAUUUGAUAUUAAAUAA